UGCAAUUCCUGAAAGACUUCCAGAGGGCAUCGAAUCAGGAUUUCACUGGCUGGAACGAGAUGGUAGUACCAGACGGCGUCUAUUGCGAGUAUGAUGAGUUCGGCAACGAAUUGUACUGCGAACGCGCCACUGCCCAAGGCACCUUCUGCGACUUUGCAGAGGGCAUCUCAUGCGACACGAGCGGGAUGAUCGUGAGAAUGUUUUUAGAGAGUUUUUAUCUGCCAGGAACUAUUCCGGCUUCCAUCAGCAACCUGAGAGAGCUCACUGACCUUGAUCUUUCCGGGAAUGAGCUCCGUGGCUCCCUUCCAACUGACAUCUUCACCCUUACGAAGCUGACACACCUCCGUCUUGAUACCAAUCAAUUCACAGGCUCAAUCCCCAGUGCAAUUGGCAUGCUUACGGACCUAAUUAGCAUAGGUUUUGGUGAGAAUCAGUUCACAGGGCCAAUCCCCGGCGAAAUCAGCAAGCUGAUGGCCUUGAAAGUCGUAAAUUGUGACAGAAAUCAGCUAGCUGGCUCGAUUCCAUCUGACCUCGGCAAUCUGGGAAACCUAGAAGAGCUGUAUCUGGGAGGCAAUCAGCUUGAAGGCCCCAUUCCUCCUGCUACCCUGAGCCCUUUAACAGCAUUGAAAACAUUAACUUUGGCCAGCAACAAGUUCACUGGAAAUCUCUCUUUCGUUUCAACCCUCUCUACUAAGUUGGAGACCCUGACUAUCAACAACAAUCAGUUCAGUGGCUCCAUUCCUUCUGCCAUUGGCACUCGCUUUCUCAAUCUGCAAUAUUUUGAUGCCUCUCACAACUACCUUUCAGGCCCAAUUUCGGUUCUUCCAUGGUACAAAAUGGACCUUUCAAGCAACUACUUGACAGGUCCUCUGAAUAGUUCAGCCUCCCUUAGCAGCCGUCUUGUCGUCAACUGUUUCACACAGCCCGAAUGUCCCCUCGCGCAGCAGCACAACUGUUCCUCCACGCAGCGGCCUGCAGCAGAGUGCACGGCAUUCUGUGGUGGCGCGAAUGCUUGUGAUGGCCGUGGCAUCUGCUAUCCAGACGGACCCAGCUUGGUGCCAACAUGCUUGUGUCAACCGGGAUACAUGCGGGUCGGAAGAUUCAACUGUUUUACAGAAGGUUGGGAUCGUGGCCUCUCUAUCAGCAAGACUAUUCUUCCCGUAUUCAGCAUUCUCACCAAGGGAACGCAGCGGCAGACAGCAGGGACUUUUAUGGCAAAGCCAGUAACCCUUUUCGCGUACCCAAAGCCUCAAAGCACGGGAUGCGGCGCGGAGCUUGCUUUCAGUGUGAACUUCACAUUCUGCCUCAUUCCCCAGAAUGGUACUGGCGGGUCCAAUGGCUUUGCAUUUGUGAUCGCGGCCAAGGGCAAGGUGGGCAAAGCUGAUGGAGUAGGGUAUGGUGGAAUGGACAGGAGGAGUGUAGCCAUUGAGUUCGACACGCUUCAGAAUGCCAACCACAAUGAUCUGAAGGAGCAGCAUAUAGGGCUUAACAUAAAUGGCUCGGACAGUUCGUUGGUCGCGGUGGAGUCACCAUUCACUCUGACCGACGGUGAAUUCUACACGGCAUGGGUGGACUAUGACCCUUGGAAUUCUGGGACAAUUCAAGUGUUUCUGGCCACUUCCAGGGAGAAGCCAGAGCAGCCGCUGCUGCAGAGGGAGCUGUCACUGUGUGCGGUGCUGCAGCCUAGUGGGCAGCAGCCGGCGUUCUUCUUUGGCUUCGUGGCAUCCACCACUGUGAAGCCCUUUCAGAUGCAUGGCAUUGCCAAAUCCGCCAUGCGAACAGAAAUGUCUCCUCCACGCAAGCCAGUCCAGACCACUCGAGAACUUGGACUAACAGUAUCAGAAAGCACGUUUGCACCACCUGGAGCCAACCCAUUCUCGCGCUAUGUGAGCAUGGACUACCAAUGGACGGAUAACGAUGUGAGCGUGGACUCGUGGGCCAUCCGUGACUUCCAUGCCUGGAACGACAUGGCCUUCCUCGAGUGGCCUGUCAAGGAUCAGCUGGAUUGCAGUGCAUGCUGGGCGUAUGCAGUGGUGGCAAGUGUGGAGGCUGCGUACGGCAUCGCAUUGGAUCAAGCCGCUCCCCAGCUAUCAGUGGAGCCACUAUUUGCAGCCAUGGGGCUCACCGGCACAGACAAGUGCACGGCUGGAGGCUCCCCCACUGCGGCCUUUGAGAAGCUCGUCACUGUUGACGCCAGCAGUGGACUCACAGAAACGAGUGACCCGGCAACAACAUACCCGGUGGCAGCAUUUGAGCGAGCGCUCUUCAAGGGGUACUUCGGGCUCAUGCUGGCAGUGCGGCGCCAGCCAGUGGUGGUUCACAUCGAGGCUUCGGCCGACACGUUCUUCCAGUAUGAUGGGACGUUCAAGUACCAGGAUCCUGCGUGCUACACGGGCAGUCUGAACCAUGUGGUGCUCGUCGUUGGCUAUUUCAUCAAUCGAGACGACGGCAGCCAGAACCGCAUUGCUCCACCAUUUUGGAUCAUCCGCAACUCGUGGGGAGUUGAGUGGGGUGACAAAGGCCACAUGCGCAUGGGCAUUCAGGGAGGGGAUGGCGUGUGCGGCAUCAACGUGCUGCCUGGCAUCUACCCCGUUGUCAAGA